AUGGACGAUUUGAAGCUGUUUGGUAAGACACAAAGUGACUUGGAGUCUCUCAUCAACACUGUGUGGAUCUUCAGCGAAGACAUCGGUAUGCAGUUUGGGUUGGAUAAAUGUGCAAUGAUUACUCUCAUGAGAGGUAAGCCAGCCAAUGACAACAACUUCCAGAUGCCGAACGGAGAAGAGAUCAGAUCAAUCGAAAGCGGUGGUAGCUAUAAAUAUCUCGGAAUAUUAGAGGCAGAUCAGUUGAAACAUCAAGAAAUGAAGAAGAAGAUUGAGGCAGAGUAUAUCAGGAGAAUUCGGAAGGUGCUCAAAUCCAAACUAAAUGCUGGAAACAUGGUGAAGGCUGUUAACACUUGGGCAGUAGCCCUAGUGAGAUAUGCUGCUGGCAUAGUUGAAUGGAACAAGCUUGAACUCGAAACCCUGGACAGGAAGACAAGGAAGUUGCUAACUAUGCAUGGGAUGUUUCACCCAAAGUCUGAUGUAGAUAGACUUUAUGUGUCAAGAGAGAAGGGAGGACGUGGUCUGGCUGGAAUAGAGGAGACUGUAAGAUAUGAGGAACAAAGCCUAUACUGCUAUAUUGAAGGCCAGAUGGAUAGCAUCAUGACGGCAGUCAAAGAGUCGAUGAGGAAAGGAAAGGAUGUGAUAGCGAAACAGCUGAAGGCUGAUCAAAGGAAAAUGAGACUGGAAGAAUGGAAAGAGAAGGUGAUGCACGGGCAGCAUUUAAGACAGACAGAGGAGUUUGCUGGACCAGAGAGUUGGCAGUGGCUGAAACGAGGACGUUUAAAGAAGGAGACGGAAAGUAUGCUAGUUGCUGCUCAGGACCAAGCAAUUAGAACAAAUUACCGAAGAGCCAAAGUUGAAAAGGAGCAUACAUCUCCCUCAUGUAGAAUGUGUCAUGACAAAGACGAAACGGUGUCUCAUCUGGUGAGUGAAUGCAGCACAGACAGAGUACAAAGGAAGGCACGACAGAGUAGCAGCUGCAGUUCAUUGGGGUCUGGCCAAGAAGUACCAUUUACCCCAUGCGGAAAAAUGGUAUACGAACAUCGGGCAGAGCCUGUAGUAGAGAACGACGAUGUAAAACUUUUAUGGGAUUUUAAUAUCCAGACAGACAAGGUCAUUGAAGCUAGACGACCAGACAUCGUUCUCUUAAAGAAGAAGGAAAAGGAAUGUCUCAUCAUAGAUAUUGCGAUUCCGGGAGACUGCAGAGCUUGGCGUAAAGAGGAGGAAAAGAUACAGAAGUAUAACGAUCUGGCAUGGGAGCUGAGAAGGAUAUGGAAGGUGAAGACGAAGGUGGUACCAAUAGUCAUCGGAGCCUUAGGAACAGUGACAACAAGACACAGAAGCUUUCUUGCUGUUCUAAGAGUCGAGGUGUCCUUUGAAACGAUACAGAAGGCAAGCUUGCUUGGAACAGCUCAUAUCUUACGGAAUGUCUUGAAUUAG